AUGGACAUCGGUCCUACAUCCUCUACUCUUCAGCCCUUUGCGCCACUUGCCCGAACCAAAGACGUUGACAGUGUUCCUUUCAAGGGUGGACAACUGUUCAAUGGCCAUGCCAAGCUUAUUUCAGACGAGCGGUCAGGUUCGCCAAUGCACGAAUGGAUCAACGAGGUUCCCAAUGAUGGCCUUAUUCGCUAUCGCAUGAAGCGUAACCAGGAAAGAGUGUUCGUGACCAGUGUCAAAGGCCUCGCGGAGGUUCUAGUACAGAGGAACUAUGACUUCGUCAAACCAACUCGACUGCGCUAUGGUCUUGGCAGAAUUCUGGGCGUUGGACUAAUUAUCGCUGAGGGAGAUGAGCAUAAGCAACAACGACGACAAUUGAUGCCAGCUUUUGCGCACCGGCAUGUCAAGGAUCUAUAUUCCAUAUUCUGGUCGAAAUCUGCCGAGCUGGCACAAGCACUGACCACAGAAAUUAGUGACAACAGAUCAGUAGUCAACAUUGCAGACUGGCUGCCACGUGCCACGUUGGACAUAAUCGGCGUUGCUGGUCUAGGCCAAGAUUUCCGUGCCAUCCAGAACCCAGACAACCAAGUCUGCAACGCAUAUGCUCGAGUGUUCGACCAAUCGCCUCCGAAAGGAAAGCUGGCGAUGCUCAAGAUGGUCGUCAAAGAGCUGUUGCCAUCAUUGUCGAAGCGGAAUGAUACCAUUGCUGUUGCUUCGCAGGCUCUCAAGCAAGUAUCCAGGCAGCUGAUUAGGCAGAAGAAAGCAGAAAGACAAGUUACGAAGAGCAUUGACAAGGAUAUCUUGUCGGUAGCGCUAGACUCGGAAGCAUUCACAGAAGAGCAGCUGGUUAAUCAGACCAUGACAUUUCUUGCUGCUGGCCAUGAGACCACUGCUACAUCGAUGACCUGGGCAACGCUAGCUCUAUGCCGACAUCAAGAUGUGCAGGCAAAGCUAAGAGAGGAGAUCCGAGCCAAGCUACCUCCACCAGGGGUGACCGACGCUUCACCAAUGACAGCAGAACUACUUGACAGCUUGCCAUAUCUGCAUGCCGUCUGCUCAGAAGUCCUUCGUGUCUACCCUCCGGCAGGUCUAACGAAGCGGGUGGCCGCCAAGGACACCACAAUACUGGGCCAGUACAUCCCAAAAGGAACCAACAUCAUCAUAAGCAUGAGGGCAAUUAACCAUAGCAAAGAGCUAUGGGGUGAGGACGCAGCUGAGUUCAAGCCAGACAGAUGGCUAGGCGUAGGCAAAGCUGGUAAUGGUGGUGCGAGUAGCAAUUACUCUUACAUGACAUUCUUACACGGACCUCGAAGCUGCAUCGGCCAGAGCUUCGCCAAAGGAGAGUUUGCGAGUCUGCUUGCGGUACUGGUCGGAUGCUUCGAGAUGGAGCUUGCGGACCCGGGAAAGGAGAUCAAGAUUGUCACUGGCCUCACGUCUCGACCCAAGGGUGGCCUUAAUGUGCGAAUGCAACGGGUGUCCGGGUGGUGA